AUGGCGCAAAGCAUCAGCGGUAACAACAUCCUAAACCCCCUUGCCAAGGGUCCCGGACGCACCGAACCCGAGCACAUGCAAUAUGGCGACCACUCGAGCAGCUACUGGCCGGAGGGCUGGAAUUACCAGAAAUACAGCGAGGCGACGGCAGAGGACAUAUUAUCGCUGCCCGAGGGGGAGCUGGACAAGAUGCAGGCGGGACUGAGGGAGAUUCUGGGCGAGCACGGCGCGGCGGCCAUGUCCAAGCACAAUUUCGAGAGGAGGCUCUCGGGCGGGCCGACGAUGCUCGACACAUACACAAACAAUCCACGCGACCGCAGGGCGAGCGUGAGCAGCAUCAACGCCGACGUUAUGACGCCGAGCUGGCUCAAGCAGUGGAGGAAGCGACACCAGGACCAACCGUGGGGUUUCGUCGGCGUACGGGCGGGAUGCUACGGCGGGGGUGGCGCCGAACAGCGGUGGAAGGAGUUCCAGGCGCAGUUUCAACGCAUCCUCGAGGUGCCAUUCGAUUGGGCCUUCGAGAAUGGAAGAAGCAGCGGCGGAGGCGGAAGCAGCACCAGUGGCGGCAGUGGGGAAGCGGCAUCAAAGGCGCGCGAGAUGUUUGAGGUGCGCUGGAUUGAAGACCCCGCGCUGGACGGUGCGGAUGUGCAGAUCCUUAGGGGCAAAUUCCAAGAGCUUCAAUCCACGCUCUCGCCAGGCUUCAGCCAGCCAAUCUUCCUCUCAGCAACGGAUCAAGUCAUUGAUUCGGUGCUCGGAAUGGCACCAGAGGACCUCCCAACCACAGCUUCACGACGCGGCAGAAACCCCGCACCUUGGGUCUACGCAGUCGCCGCCUCUUCCGACCGUGGCGUGCCUGACGAGCACGUCGAGUCAGCAUGGUUUCGUGAUGUGUUCAAGGUCGCCAUUGAGGUCCUUGCGGAUGAACUGUGGUGGAUCGUCGACUCGGGCACCAUGCCGCUUCGGCGCAUCACCCGCGGCGUCAAGGGCGAGGGUGUGGCGGCGGACGCUGGGAACGACGAUUUAGAGGACAUUUGGUGGUCCACAGCGCCUUCGGCUGAGCGGUUAAAGAAGGUUACUGAAGGCGACGACUAGUCAAAUCCCCUGGCGCCUUAUUGUCUUUUAAUUUUUCCCUUUUUUUGCUUUCUCGUUUUUCCCCCAGUCUCGCUUUAAUACCAUCCGUCUAUGCCAACAACCUUUUCUGUUCUGUUCCUCUUUUUUUUUUUACCCCGUCUAGCGUUUAAAAACCCGA